GAUGCUUGAGUCCAAAAUGGUGGAGAGCAUUUAUCUAAUAAACAAAUGCAGGCUAUUAUUGCAAAGUUGUCAUCUAUGUCUAACACAGUUCUGAGGUAUUUGCAGUCGUUUUGAGGAAUUAAAACCUUAUUAUCUUUUACAGUUUUAAGGUAAAACGCCACUGGCAAUAUAAUCAAUUUGGAAAUGUAACGUUUAUUGAUCAACGUGUAUUUAUUUAAAUCUGGUGAUGGCACACUUUGAAAUCCAUUCCAAUAAAACAAAAUGCAAUUAAUGGAUAUACAAGGCAUUUCCAUGUUUGUCUUUUAUUAGCUGUCCGUGUGAGAGCGAUCGCUUUAUAUCUCCUCGCACCCCGAUCUCCCUCUGCGUGCCCUUCAACUUUUGACAUCCAAAUCUACUUGGAUUAUAAAAGCUUAUUAUGAAAUACCUCGCUUGAGUUAAAAGGCAAGCGUCUCCUGGUCCCGGUUGUUGUUCCUCCAGGAUUAUUUACAAGGAGAAGUCCUGAGGAUGGAGUAUCCCCGUACAGCAUCACACAGGCUGUACUAGAUCAUACCGGACACUAAUUUGAUUUAGAGAUUCCUGCGUCUGGAACCUGAAUCAGAGCAACAAAAGAUAUAUGCAAGAUUAAAACAAUUCGUGGUAGAUUUUGACAUCAGCACAAUUGCCUCAGCUAAGGACGUCCUCGAGCUUAAUGGGAUAUGUAUUGAUGAUUUUGUCGAUGAUUUGCACAUUCAAUCUUGGAGCAAAUGAAAGGGUGGGACAACGCCAUUGACUGUGACAAGCAUGUGUGCAGCAUGAUUUAUCUCUGUUUGUCUAGUUUUAUCUUCAACAAUCUAUCUCGACAUAACAUUGUCUGAACCACAGACGUUCCGUUGAAGGGGGGCUAUUGCAGUCUUUUUUUGCGAGAUUGAAUAAUUGUGUUAUGUUUUUAUAUUUAACGAGGGCUAAAAGGAUACAUGGGAUUUCCAUCUGUGAAUGGUUAUCGCUGCCUAAAAAGUGCUUUGAAAUCACGCACUCGUGCAUACUGAAUUAUGUGUGAAAUCUAUUUCGUGUAGCUGCAUGGUCUGUUAAUUAAACGUUGUUGUGUUUUUUUCUUCUAAUUGAGCAAACCUCCUGAGCCUGAGAUGUAAAAACUAGAUUUUGCCCCUGGCACACCCCCCAAGAUAAUUAGCCAACCAUCACAGCCUACCUUACUAUGUUCUGCAAGUCUGUCUCCUGCUGCACUAUAAUAAUAGAUGGGAAGUGAAACAUGUUAGAGGGGAAGCCAAUGGAGGCUUAUUGAAGCUGUCAAAGAUCACCUCGUCUCUCAGUAGCCAUUUUUUCUGGAUUGGACCGCAUUUACUAAUCAAAGCCAUAAUGUUGACGAGGCUUUUCAGUGACCCAUCGCUGCUCCCCGAUGUGCAGAAAUACUCGGGCUGGGCGGAGGACAGCGAUGAGGAGGGUUCAAAAAUGAAAGAUGAUGAUCAGGACAUCCAGGACGACGAGGGAUCAGAGCUGAGAGGAAGCAGCCGAACUCACUCCGAGCAUGCCGGGGAAGACGAUGAGGACGACGACGACGACGAGGUAGAGGAAGAGGAAGACGAAGAAGGGAUAGAGGGGGACAUGCCCAAGAAAAGAGGGCCCAAAAAACGAAAAAUGACCCCGGCCCGUGUCGAGCGCACCAAGGUGAGGCGGACAAAGGCCAACGCACGGGAGAGGACCCGAAUGCACGACCUGAACUCUGCACUUGACAAUCUGCGCAAAGUGGUUCCCUGCUACUCCAAAACGCAAAAACUUUCAAAAAUUGAGACACUGCGUUUGGCCAAAAACUAUAUCUGGGCUUUAUCGGAGAUAUUGCGUUCUGGAAAAAGGCCCGACGUUGUGGCCUACGUCCAGACGCUGUGCAAGGGACUCUCCCAGCCCACGACCAACCUGGUAGCGGGGUGCCUGCAGCUAAACUCCCGUAACUUCCUAACCGAGCAGCAGUGUCCGGACGGGAGCCGGUACGCUUCCGGCUCCUUCUCCAUGCACUCCUACCCCUACCAGUGUGCGCGUCUCUCCAGCCCCCACUGCCAGCCGGGCUCGGGCUCGGGCUCGACCUCGAACUCGCAUCCACUGAGGACGCAGGGCUACUCGACUUACGACUCGGUGUACGGUGGGAGCGGAUCCCCGGAGUACAACAGCCCUGAAUAUGAGGCGCCCCUCAGCCCGCCUCUGUGCGUUAAUAAUGGCAACUUUUCCCUGAAGCAACAAGGCUCUGCGUCGCCCGAGAACGAGAAGGGGUACCACUACUCUAUGCAUUACUCCGGCCUGCCUGGCUCCAGACCCCCCGGGCCCCACAACCUAGUGUUUGGCUCUUCUGGAGCCCGGAGCGGCAUUCAUUCUGAAAACGUCGUGCCUUACCACGACAUGCACUUACAUCACGAACGUGCUCCGGUGUAUGACGAACUGAACGCGUUUUUUCACAAUUAAAAUUAGAAGCCCACCGUGCAGCACCUGCAAUCAACAAUCUAACCACGGCACACUUUUCUAACAAGCUUACCCGCCAGGAUCCAGGCAUUCUGGAGAGAUGUUUCACUUGUUGUCAUUAGUAUUUUCCUUUUAUUUCUCCCGUCUUUACUAUUUCUUAAGCUAUAGUCAGAGAUGUAGUGGAAGAUCAUCCACCUAAACCACCACCUGAUUCUGUACAACAGCUUAAAUCAAGCUGAAAUAAAUCUCUAAAAGGAAAUUUGCUGAGCAAAUCAUAUUAAGACCAAGAUGAUAUGGGAUGUUUCCAAAAUGUUAAUGUUUCUUAAAGUGUAACUUGUGCGUGUAUCGGUGGUUGUUUGCAUUUUGAUGACUGAAAGUGUACCCACUUAUUUAUUUACCACUACAUCACUGGCUACAGCUACCUUGACAUUGGCGGUGACUUUCUAUUAUAAAAUCAAAAGAAGUCAAUGAACAACAAAAUGCAAAUCGUCUGUACGUGCGAGAUUUGGUUUUUGGAAAUAGUGAAAUAUAUAGAAAUGCAGUUUAAUGCUGAACUGAUUUAAAAAAGUGCUGUUUGUGUUGUGUAAGAAGAGCCUGCAGCAAAUCACUCAUUUCGCAUCUAUGCAAAAGCCAACGAGACCACAGAGCAAGGCAACAAGGCCCAAACAGAUACUGUACACACACACACACACACACACACACACACACACACACACACACACACACACACACACACCACACACACACACACACACACACACACACACACCACACACACACACACACACACACACACACACACACACACACACACACACACACACACCAAUUUUGCCAAUGGCUGGGCUGGUCAUAAUCGUUCGGUUUCUAAAAAAAAAAAUCUAAAUCAAACAUGUAUUUUAUAAUUGUAUUCACUCUAAUUUAUUCAUAUUAGCCGUAUUCUUCUUCUUGAGCCAUUGCACCAUAUUUUGGUUUCAAAUCAACAUUUUGGUUAAACCUUUUCGUUUUGAUUUGCAGUGCUAUGUUGAAAUAUGAUUACUAUUAUUAUCAUUAUUAUUAUUGCACGUAUUUAUUGUGUUGUUUCUUUGUAAUUAAAGGUAAUAGUCAAUGGAACUGAAGGGAUCCUAUGUGUUGCUAAGCAUUUUUUCAUAAAAUUCAAGUCAACUUUGUAUUCAACCAACUGUGUGGUAAAAUAAAACAAGAAUAAAUGAGACUGUGCAUCUUGA